AUACGUGCAUGAGUGGCAACUUGAUGUAAUGUUUCAUCUGAAAGGAGAGAUGAUGGUCGGUGGAGGUGUUAUUGCCCUCGCUGUGUUUGAGGGAGAUGUUGCUUGGAGAAAAUUUCAUCCUGAAUCUCCCUCCGUCAUGGGCGAGUCUUUGCGCGAGGACGAGUUGCGGCCGGUGCCGAGAGAGCGAGCGGUUCUGGAGAGCUUCUUCACGCAGCUCGGGAUGUUCUGGUUCGAUCGAGCUAAAGACUACGUGGAGAAGGAGAAGGAGCAGAGCAGCAGGAGCGCCGCGGCCAUCUGGAGCUCUCUGCUCGCCGCUCUGGCGCACCUGGCGGCCGCGGAGAAGGCCUACCACAGCAUGAGCUUCCUCGGGCAAAAACUCGGAGGUCAGUCCUUCUUCAGCAGGAAGGACUCCAUCCGGACCAUUUACACGUCGCUGCAGAACGAGCUGAAGAAAGUGGUCUCCAUGGGACGCCCGGCCCCGAGUGGCUCCACGCCGUACCUGGAGGAGCUGCUGUCGCAUUUAUCCGAGCAGCUCUGCCACUUCACGCAGGCCAGGAUGGAGCUCGCAGACCUCUACGAGAAGAUGCACUGCCUCGGCAGCCAGAAAAACGUGAACUCAGAGGAACUGGUGAGCACGCUGGAGAGUAUCCUGAACAAAUACAGCUCGAGGUUCCACCAUCCCAUCCUGUGUCGCCUGGAGAGCGGCUUCCAGGUCGAAGUGGACGUUUUGGCGCAGCUGCUGCGCUGCCAGGCUCAGAUCUCAGAAUGGUACUUCCUGCCCUCGCUGCUCAACUUGCACGGCGCUCACGCCAAACUGCAGGCAUGGGCUCAAGUGUUCGAGCGGCAGCGCGAGACUCGCAAGCACCUGUUCGGCGGGCAAUCCCAAAAGGCCGUGCAACCGCCACACCUGUACGCGUGGUUGCAGCGCCUGCAGGGGGCUCUUUUGGCCAAGUUCAGCUUCUAUUUCCAUGAAGCGCUGAGUCGGCAAGCUCCCCCCUCUGAGAUGAAGGCGCUGACGGCUCGCACUUUACCCGAUUACUUUGGAAAGAUCUCGGCCUUCGUACGCAAACAUGACGCCACCAAUGUUUCGCUGGUGUUUGACAAUCGCGGCAUGGAGAGCUUCCAGGGCCACGGCUACCAUCAUCCACACUCGUAUCGGGAGGCUCCUAAAGGCGUAGACCAGUUCCCUGCCGUGGUCUCUGUCCCUGGCGGCGAGCGACCAUUGAACCACUGGCCCAACGUCAUCAUGAUCAUGAGCGACCGUGCCAAUGAGCUCAACACACUCGACAAGGUCACAUACUUUUACGACGACAAGGUCCAGAGUACGUACUUUAUGAUGAGACCCGAGCCUCACUUUACACUCGUCGUCAUUUUUGACGGCAAGAAGGCGGAGAAGGACUCGCACAUCGUGGGAUUUCUAAAUGAGAUUUCCAGCUCGCUGAGGAACUCCAAACCCUUCAGCUCACUCAAGCCUGGCUCCAAAGGCUGAACAUGAUCACGUGAUCUACUCCACAUCUCGCGUUCAUUUCUGUCAGUGGUAAAAACUCCUGACUUGAAAUUUAGUUCAGCUAUUUGGUUAUACAGUUUAUUUGCGUCAUUGCUGCUGAACUUUAAAAAAAUAUAUAUAUAACCAUUUAUUUUAAUCUUGAAGCACCAGAGGUCUAGUAGCCAGUCGUUUUCUUUUGAUAUCGUGUACUAUUGUGACCAAUCACACCACCAUGUUUUUUAGUUGUUGUUUUUUUAGUCAUUGUAUUUGCACUCCUGCUGCUAGGAAAACCAAUUACAGUUCAUCUCAUUUUAAUGCGCAAUGCUUAACAUUUUUAAUAGCGAUCAGUUGAUUUUAUAAAAACAAUUUUGUACUGUAAUUAAUUUACUAAAAUAAAGUUCAGGUAUUAUUUAAACAGUUUGGAUGUAAUUGAAUUCAUCCAAAAUGAAUUAUUUGUGGAGUGUAUUUACAGUAUUGCAUAGGAAUAAUUUCACUGUUCGUGUUAAAGAGUAAUAAAUAAAUAAAUAAUAGCUUUAAUUGGAGCGCUUAUGAUGUUUACAUCGGAAUACUUUCGGACAUCUUUUGGUGAAGUUUUUCUCACAUUCCUAAGAAAAAAAACGCUGGUCUCUGUGGAGAGGUGGGGGAAACGGGAAUGACGUGGACCAAAAACAUCCAGUCAUGAAAAGUUUGUACAAAAAAUUGUGCAAGCCUAGGGAAGGGAAAAAAAAAAAAAAAAAAAGCCUGACUUUAGACAGCUUUAGCUAAUUUCAGCCAAAUUGCCAACUGCACCUUAAUGUAAAUUGUUUAGGGUUUACAUGAUUCUUGAUCUGAUUUAUUUUUUUUUGCUUUACAUUUUUUAUGUAAAUUAUACAAUGUGAAAAAUAAAAUAUUUUACAAGAAUUAAAAAUUACCCCCAAUCCCCCCAACCCCCAUCUGUAUGAGUUGACUCUUUAUCUGUGAAUAAACUGGAACAUUAAACUCUCA